GACAUUUCUAUUAAAUAGCCACAACAGCAUUGGAAUAUAUGGUUAUAUACAAAUAAAGUACUAGUUCUAGUUUAACGUGUUUAAAACAAUUAUUAAUAUAAAAUAAUGACGGUAUUUUGCGAAAUUGUUUGGAAAUAUUUAAGUAUUUUGUUGUUAUUGACAGCAAAAAUUGUUUGGUCCUUCUAUUUGCCUGGAUUAGCACCUGUAAAUUAUUGCGUUAAAUCUGAAUCAUCGAGCUCGUGCAAAUCAGAAAUAGUUCUAUAUGUUAAUCGAUUAAACACAGAAGAAUCCGUAAUCCCAUAUGAGUAUCAUCAUUUUGAUUUUUGUACUGGCAAUGAAAAGAACUCACCUGUUGAAAAUUUGGGACAAGUCGUUUUUGGAGAACGCAUACGACCAGGUCCUUAUAACAUUGAAUUCUUAAGGGAAAUUAACUGCGAAUUGGUGUGUACUAAAAACUAUACUGGUGACAAUCCAGAAAGUGAUCAUCGCAUCAUGCUGCUUAAAAAAGGGAUAAGUCUAAAUUAUCAACAUCAUUGGAUUGUUGAUAAUAUGCCCGUGACUUGGUGUUAUCCGUUAGAUAAUGACAAACAAUACUGUAGUACAGGAUUCCCAAUGGGUUGUUUUGUCCGGCCGGAUAGCGAUGAAGCCUGUCUUGUUAAUCCAAAUUACAAUAGGCGAGGAUUUUAUUACAUUUUUAAUCAUGUAGAUCUGCGAAUUACGUACCACAGCGGACAACCUGAAGAAGGCGUUGGAUUUCAUGGAAAUGGGGGCCGUAUUAUUUCUGUUAAAGUUAUACCUCGUUCGAUUAAUCACAUAAGCUCUUCAAAAAUAGACUGUGAUAAUACUGAUCCACUUGCUUUAAAAAGCAAUUCGCCAAUUCGAGGAGAGCACCUGUUAAUUUCUUAUACAUAUAGCGUCCAAUUUAAUAUGGAUAAUUCAGUUAAAUGGUCAUCACGCUGGGAUUACAUUCUAGAAUCAAUGCCUCACACAAAUAUUCAAUGGUUCUCCAUCCUCAACUCUCUUAUUAUAGUACUAUUUUUGUCAGGAAUGGUGGCAAUGAUUAUGCUACGAACAUUACAUAAAGAUAUUGCACGCUAUAAUCAAAUGGAUAGUGGAGAAGAUGCCCAAGAAGAAUUUGGUUGGAAAUUAGUACAUGGUGAUGUAUUUAGGCCACCAAGGAAGGGCAUGCUUUUGUCAAUUUUUCUCGGAUCCGGUGUGCAAGUAACUUGCAUGACUUUAAUUACGUUGGCAUUUGCUUGCUUAGGAUUUCUUUCUCCAGCAAAUCGGGGAGCAUUAAUGACUUGCUCGAUGGUUUUAUUUGUUUCCCUUGGAACGCCGGCAGGAUAUGUAUCAUCGCGAAUUUACAAAAGUUUUGGAGGAGUUAAAUGGAAAAGUAAUGUAAUUCUUACUUCUGUUGUAUGUCCUGGGAUUGUAUUUGGGCUUUUUUUCGUAAUGAAUUUAGUCCUUUGGCACGAAGGUAGUUCAGGCGCAGUUCCAUUCAGUACACUUGUUGCUUUGCUCGGCCUCUGGUUCGGAGUAUCAGUGCCCUUGACUUUUGUCGGAGCUUACAUGGGAUUUCGGAAAAGGGCUUUGGAGCAUCCGGUUCGAACAAAUCAGAUUCCACGUCAGAUUCCAGAUCAAUCGAUUUAUACACAACCAAUUCCGGGAAUUAUCAUGGGAGGAGUUUUACCUUUUGGAUGUAUAUUUAUACAGUUAUUUUUCAUCCUUAGCUCAAUUUGGUCCAGUCAAAUGUAUUAUAUGUUCGGUUUUUUAUUUCUUGUUUUCCUAAUAUUGGUUAUAACAUGUUCAGAAACUACAGUUUUACUAUGUUAUUUUCAUCUUUGUGCAGAGGAUUAUCACUGGUGGUGGCGAUCUUUUUUAACGUCUGGAUUUACUGCCGCUUAUCUUUUCUUUUACUGUUGUCAUUACUUUUUAACUAAACUGUCUAUUAAAGAUGGUGCGUCAAUGUUCUUGUACUUUGGUUAUACUUGUAUUAUGGUGUUCCUUUUCUUCUUACUUACUGGAACGAUAGGUUUUAUGGCGUGUUUUUUUUUUAUACGAAAGAUUUAUAGCGUUGUAAAAGUUGAUUAAUUUUACCUCACUUUUAUGUCAGAUAAAAAAUGAUAAACAAGAGUUUUAGGAAUUAUAAUUUUUAAUUUAAAUAUGUAUUGUAUAUGGUAAAUAAAUUAAUUUGUAAUCAAGA